GAAACGCUUACCAUAUUUCACCAAAGUGCCAGAAGUUCCUGUCAUAUUACACGAAAAUUUCACUGCAUUUGAUCAGGUAUUGGCAGUGUUUGAAGUGAAUUCAAAUAUAAACAACGAUAGCAACGUUAUUUUUGAGAUAGUUCGAGGUAAAUUUGAACAGACUAACUCGAUGAACACAUUCCUGUUGGAGCAGAUUGAUAAUACAGCUCACAUUAAGCUGGCAAGAGCGCUCGAUUAUGAAAGAGUCACCGAAUACACGAUAACGGUAAGAGCUACGAACAGGCACGAUCUAGCGACGGAGGCUGUGGUGAAGAUCAUGAUCCUCGACGUAAAUGAUAAUGUUCCGCUGAUCGUUGAAGCUGUAUCAUAUCUGAAGUAUGAACUUAUCGAUACUUCACCGGUAAUCCAAAUACAUGCGUACGAUUUGGAUGGUACAUCGGCUAACAAUAUAAUUUCGUAUAGCAUCGCAGAAAGUAAUCAGCUGCAUUUUACAAUUGAUUCCCACACUGGAACAGUUACGAAACAAAAUAGGCUCAAUGAUGACGAAAAGGACAUUUAUUUUAUUAAAAUAUUUGCCAAAGACAACGCGCCAUCCGCCUUAUUUCGAAAUAAUAAACCAAACAUGAGCUCUCACACGUUAAUAGUUAAAAUUAUCAACAGAGAUCUUACCAUUAUUCCCCAGAAUGCAGUCACUAAUAUUCACGGACAAGAUCAGCGGACCAGUAAUGGCAUAUCUUUUCAAAAUGGUUUAAGGAUUUCAAAACGUUAUGAGGAGAGGGAUAUUUUCAACGAUAGAUACAUUAUGGUUAACAAUUAUGAAGGCAUGCUUACAGAUAAACUGAUAGGAAGUGUGUGCGUCGAUUAUGAUAUUAAAGAUAAUUCAAAUAAAUUCUUCCUUUGGGAUGAGAGGGCCAGUACAGGAUCAAGGAAACACUUCAGGCUCAAUUCCAAGAGUGGUAUGAUUAUGAUGCUAAAAGGCACACCCGAAGGAAUAUACAAUCUAGAAUUUACAGUGAUUGAAGAAUCAUCCUAUGUUUCACAACACAAAGUAUCUGCUCGUGUAACGGUGACAGUGAAGAACAUCUCGGCAAAAACAGUCAACCAGAGUGGAUCGAUUCGCUUCUACAAUGUAACGGCUGAGACAUUCAUAUCUCAGACACUGGGUGAGCUCAACACACCCAUGUAUCGACUUCAGGAAAGCAUUGCAAGCAUUCUGGAUACCAGCCCAGAUCAGGUGGACAUAUUCACGAUCAACAAUCGUAAGCUUGCCCGGGGUGCAUUCUUGGACGUGUUCUUUGCAGUAGAUGAUACUAUUUACACAUCGUCAGAGGUCUUAAAUGCAGUGUUAAGUUUGCAUCUACGCAAAUUGGAGGAAGACGUCGGGUAUCGGAUUGUGUCGGUUGGCAUAGAUGAAUGUAUUGCAAAGGGUCAUAUGUGUAGGCAGGCAUGUAAGAAUAAGGUCCAUAGAUCACAAAAGCCAAUCGUAGUGCACACCAACACUAGCUCGUUUGUGGGAAUGACCACAUUGGUGCAAGCACAAUGCAUCCCACAGAUAGAAUCUUCGUUGGUAGCAUGCUUGAACGGUGGCACUUGCCAGAAUGCUACCUGGUCAUUUUGCAAAGGAAUGGUACGACUGUACGAGUUUUACCGGACCUCCUGA